CAUCACACUGCUUCCGUUGGCACUUACACGGAAAUCAAUCUCAACUGGAUGAUUGUUUCCACUUCUCCCUCUGGAAGUUGAAAAACAUUAGCCAUCCAGAUGUGUAGGGGUUUGGCUGCAUUGCCCAGUACUUGCAUUGAGAGACCCAGUGCUGAGGACACACUCCAAGGAGGUCAGCUCUUCGAGAAGCUCCUGGCUAAUAAACAUGGUGUGGCUGCAUUCCGUGCAUUCCUUUGCUCUGAGUUCAGCGAGGAGAACAUUGACUUCUGGCUUGCCUGUGAAGACUACAAGAACACAAAGACCAGCUCCAAACUCAUGCUCAAAGCCCAGAAGAUUUACGAUGAUUUUGUCAAAGUCCAGGCACCAAAGGAGGUGAACCUUGACUCACUAACCAGAGUAAUCGUGACCAGAAACUUGACCAAUCCCAACAACUCCUGCUUCCAAGUGGCCCAGGAGAGAACAUACAGUUUGAUGGAGAAAGAUUCCUUUCCCAGGUUCCUGAAGUCAAACCUAUUCUUUGAUUUGCUUAAAUACAUAUAGAAGUGAGAUUUCCUGCCGUGGGUUCGAUCCUUCUGUGUCUCAACCCAUUCAGCAUUUCACUUUUCAGGCACUUGCUCUAGUUUUAGCCACUUCCUGCAUAUCACAUUUGCUUAGUUUCAGCAAACUAUGUAGAUGCCUCAGUAGCCAUUUUGAGAUGACCAAGUCUGCCAUCCCAGGAGGAAUGUUGUGAGAUUGAGAGAUAAUUGUGACCCAAUCCUGUCCUGUCUUAGAUUCAAGGAUGGUUAAAGGAUUUUUUAAAAAAUGUGCAGUCGAUGCAAUUAAACCCAGGAAACACAACCACAAUCACAUUGCAAGCACUAUUUGCAAAAAUUGAUGACAAGCUUGCAGUCUGUGUGUUAGGUUCUUUUUCUGAGCUUUCGCCCACGAAAUGCAAAUUGCACACACCAACUUCUGCAAACUGUUAAAAGUUUAAUAAAGCUUGUACAAGCUAGGUAACCUCUCUGAUACUCUUCGCGGGUACGCGAAGUCGAGUCAGAAGAGAGACCCCAAAUAAAGAAAAUACAUCCCCUUUAUACAAGUCAGUUGGCAAUGUUACAGAUGCUCUGGCCAUUCCCUCAUUGUCACAUGCCACUCAAGACAAUCCCAAGUCACUCACAGCCACAUGUUACCCUAGGUACAAUGGCAGGAUGAGAUCAUCCAUGGAGAUAAUGCAAAUGCUAAUGGCCUAAUGCUGGGUAUUCGUCAUGCAGAUGAUUUCCUGACUCAGUGUUUCCGCAAGACAAUGCAGAUGCUACAAACUUAGCUUCAUGGGAUGGCCAGAAAGCAUUGCUGAAUGGAAGAGAUGGAACGAUAGUUUAACUUGACAAAAGCAAGGGAGAGUAAUGGCAAAUGACUGUCUAAUUGGAGUGGAAGUCACUUGCAUUCCUUCAUAACUGUCAUCCCCACCCAAGGACAGUGCAGGUUAACCCUUUAAUAUUAAUGUCCAGAGAGAUAGUCCCAUUUAAUGUUUAAAAUUACAUGUCGAUGAAGUGAGCAUUGCAAUGACUUUAAAUGACGGAUAUUGGUAAUAGUCGUUGUGGUUCUGUUCGCCGAGCUGGGAAUUUGUGUUGCAGACAUU